CUACAGCCAACAAGACUUCAGGUGCUCCUUCCUAUAGCAGAUGGUCCAGUUCACAGCCACAUCAGUCCAGCUCCGCAGUGAGAACGUACCAGAACAGCAAAGCGCGAGUGACCAUGAGCCCUGGCUUUAGCUCCCAGUGGAACAGCAGCCCGCCGGCCUGGAGCACAUACACCUUCCCCAGAGCGAGCUUGCACUACCAGUCCCACGCCAGCUACACCUACUGCGCUGGACACCCUGCUCAGUCCUAUGCACCAGCUCCUCACCCCAUGGCUCCUCCCAGCCCCAGCACAAACAGCAGCAACAACAGCAGCAACAACAGCAGCGGCGAACAGUUGAGUAAAACCAACCUGUACAUUCGAGGCCUUCCACCCGGCACCACUGACCAGGACCUUAUCAAGCUGUGCCAGCC